AUGCUUGUUUCUUUAAAGCGGUCAGCUUCAGCACUCGAUCACCCAUUACAGUGCACUCCGAAUCUACCAUUUUCCCACGCUGACCCGCCGACGAGUAGUUUGGUCCUUCUCCCUCGUUUCCCACGCGGCGUACGAGGUCAGCAAGUCAGGCAUAGGGUCCUUGUGUGGAGCGCGACCGUCGCGAAUGACGAUGCGCGCCAUGGCGUCGGCGGAAUGGGUAGAUUUGUAAGUACUGUAGCGAUCGCCGACGCCCUAAAUCGUAGGAUUAGUCGUCUGCCACACAUUGGUGACCUUCAGUCCAAUCUUGCUGUCAUGCCCGACACCAGUCCUUUCCGAGUCGAGGGUUCUCACACUGGGAUGGCGUCCUGCGCCUACCAGCAUGGUGUCAAACAGAUUCCCGACGGGCUUGAAACCCUUCUCCUCUGUCCGUAUGAUCAGCUCCUGACACACCUCCGUUGGUGUGUCCGUUCUUCCGGGCUGGUCUGUCCCGACUCGUGCCAGUCGGUGCCCCCAGACGGGAAAGCGUAA